UAAACCUAUUGAAAUAAACAAAAUGCAGGUUCAACUGGAGAUAAAAUCUUUAAUCAUGCUAAAUUACCGUUGAUAAAAGCCUUUUGUGACAACUUUAAAGAUCCGGACGAAAUGGAUCGGUUUGCUUUUAAGAUCGACGCUGCCCUCAAGGCGAAUCUCUGCAAGAUCUGUCGGCUGUGCGGCAUCGAUAAUCCGGGAAAAGUGCAAAUACUUUUGGCAAAUGAAGAAGACACCAUCGACCUGGACGAGCCUAGGAUGUCCCAGAAAAUCUACGAGCUGGUGGGCUUCACUGUGUCCGUGGACGACAAAAUGCCGCAGACAAUGUGCAGCCAGUGCGUGGAUAAAAUCAAUGAUUUUUAUGAGUUUCGGGAAAUGUGCUAUGCUACGAAUAAACAGACUCGAAAUCUAUUGGGAUUGAAGCAAAUAGAGCCCGCAAGAUUAAUUGAUCUUAAGCACAUCGUUAAGGAGGAACGGCCAAUUUCUGGUGCAGUUGGAAAACGGGGAAGGAAGCGUAAGGGCGAGGAAUCCUGGUCAAAAAAUAACAAUGCCAAGCCACAGGUCAAAAAGGAGUCCUUUGUGUGGCACAAAAAGCAAAAACUACAGCCAUCACAGAUGGCAUCAUUAGUGUCCAAAAGAGAGGCGCAGAUCAAAGACGAGCCCGCUGAACAGGACACAAGUCUUAAGGGAUCACCGAAAAAGGCCGGUCGAAAAUCUACUUGCAGCGUUUGCGGCGAGAAGUUUCUCAGCAAGGAACUAGCCGACGAGCACAAAAGCCUGGUGCAUGUGCCUUCGAUACCGCGCUACAUGUGUAAUGCCUGCAACCAGACGCACCACAACCAGAGCGACAUACGCGCCCACCAGCUGUGGCAUAAGCUAUCCAAGACUCCCUACAAGUGUCCCCUGUGCGAGUCCAGCGUGGCCAAUGCAUACGCCUUUACUCGCCAUUUGCGCGAACACACACCGCCCACUCCCGUCCAGCUGCUCGUCCUGGAUCGGGAGUGUCCGCUGUGUAAGAAGACUUUCGUCACGAACUUCUUCUACAACACUCACCGCUGUGCCAUCCGUAAACGCAAGUGCGGCGGUUGCAGUCGCACCUUGAACACCGAAGCGGCCUAUAUGCGUCAUGCGCCAACCUGCCCAAAGAUUUACCUCAACCACUCGAAGCACAUCAUGCCUCAGGAGGCGACCAAUGAGGCGCAGAUGCUAAUCAAGAACGAGAUCGAGGAGGAAUUGAUAGGUCUUCCGCCGGCCACAACAGUGCCGCCGGACUUCGUCAUAGACGACGGUAUGCAACCAGUAGUGGUUCUGGAGCGCCUGUCAUCGCCACUUCUGCGGUCUUCGUCUGGAACCAAUCAACUGGUUGAUGCCAAAAGCAAAAAUAGCGAUAGAGUUUCUGCCAGAAAUUAUUUGAAACGAGUGGAUCAGCUGCUGAAGAAUACGAUGAACACUCUGGUCAGCAUUAAGCAUGAGCCGGAAGUGCACAUCAAUGACACGGGGCCAGCUAGAGGUCAAGCCGAGAGUGAUCCCGAGCCGGAACGGGAUGAAGAACAUCCAAGUUUUGGCGAUGAUUUCCGGGCAGCUUACGGUGAUAGCGAGGAGGAAUGUCAACCGGAAAGAGGAUCCGAUAAAAUCUCUGCUGCUGCCUGUGACGAUAUUCCCAGUGUAUCUGUUAAACAGGAACCCGAGUAUGAAGGCUAUGAAAAGCAAACGGGAGUGAAGCAGGAGCCCCUUAAGCUAAAACUUAAAAUAACGAAGAACCAUGGAAAGCUGAACUCUUCGCUCAUAGACGAUCUGGAUGAGACUGGACAGGCAUUUGGCAGAAGUGGCAAAAAGAAAAAGAAACGAAAGCAUAAGGAACGGGAGAAGGAAGCGCCGACCGAGACCGAAAACUGUCGAACAGAACCUCAGAAUCAGCCUGCGAUUAGAAUCAAACAGGAACCCGUCGAUUAUGCUCCAGAGGCCACUGUCAUGACCACUAUUCCUAUGACUCAGUUUGAAAGCAGCUUAAACGAAAGCGAGGAAGUCGAUGAGACCAUGAUCCAGAGUCCGGAAGAUGUUAAGCCAAAUCGCAUGGAGCUUGAUCGUAUGAUGCAGAUCUCUAAUGUGACCAGUGGCGUGGAUAUGGCAGAAGAAGCAAUGGCAUUAGAGCGAGCUGAAGAAGCCUGUCCCGAGGAGCCAAAUCGGUCCCUGCAAAAGGUGAAAUCCGUAAAGUCCAUAGCGCGCAAAAGUACGGGAGGUGCGGAACGCAAAACGUGUAGCCCACCGAGGACGAACAUUCUGCCGCAGAUUGUUUCCGUUGUGAGCGGCGAGUCGGCGUUUAAUAUGAUUUCCAUUAAGCCGGAACCGAGAAAUCUCGGAUAUGGAGACGAGGAACCAGAAGAACAACAAGAAACUACAGAAGAGAUUAAUCAUAAUGACAAGAUGGAAGAGGAGGAUGCCUACAUAGGCAGUUUAGAUCUAAGUAAUGUAUCUGUGAAACAGGAAAGAGAGUUGGACAUUUGCGAAAUAGACGCCGUGCACAGAAACGGAUCGGAGAAGAGUGAUGAAGACGAUGACGAUGGAAAUGAAGACAGUGCAUCAUCAGCCGAUGAAGCAGAGGAAGCCAUGGAGCAGGACGCGGAAGAGCGCAUAUAUCGUGAAAUCGAGUUGCCACCAUUAGAACUUCAAAACGAGUCACCUAGGAAAGAUGUGGAAUCCGAAAGAAUGAAUACAGAGGUACCUACUGCAUUGCCUGCCAGUGAAACUCCUCCGCAAACUCCGGACGUGCUAGGUGUGGAAAAAGCAGAAGCUUCUGCUUUUAGUUUGGUCAUAACCAGCAUAUGCAGUCAAGCUGUACCGCAACAAUCGGCAGCAGGUUCAAAUGAAAUAGAAUGUUCAAUAGGCCCAAGCUCCAGCACUACAGAUGAACCUCAUUCCCACAGAGUGGAAAAUGUCCAGCCUUCUGCAAACGACCUCCAAACUUCUACACAAGUUGCCAUUGCCCCAUCAUCCCAGCAUGAUCCUUGCAUUGUCUCUCAGCCUGCAGCUUCGCCCGAAUCCAAAGCAGAUACUAAGGAUCUCCCUCUUGCAGCUUCACAGAUCCAAUCCUGUACCACAGAAUCUUUGCCGAUUCAAGCCCGUAUCGAAACUGAGGAUCAUUCAAUAGAAAACGGUGCCUCCUAUCUGGAAUCACGUGCUCAGCUCGACUGUCAAUCCGCCGGAACAGAAAAUCCUUCUGUUGUCUUAGAGCAGAACGAAUCCCUCCCAAGUGGAAGCUUUGUUUCGCCUAUACCUGAAAACCCCGCCCCAGGUAAUUCACCACCGCACAACGAUGAAUCGGAAUCUCUGGACAAACCAGAAACGGCAGCAGGGAGUGUAGAUUCCUUAGCAACAGUGUCCCUUGAUGCUCCAAAAGAUACUGAAUCGCUUGCUUUGCCACCUUUCGAUGCAGCGAUCAUAGAUAGUAAUUACACAUGCGACGAGGAGCAGCAAAAUGUGCUUAAUCAUGAGCUCUCGGAACAGCAAGUGGCUACAAUGGAACACAGACAGCUACUCGUUCACGAGGAGCAGCCGGCUUUGCUGGAGGUAAUAACACCAGGACUCUCGUCUAGGCCGAUCGAGGAGACUGAGAACCGCAUUAACGAGCAGCAGCAGGAUCUGGAGCAGGGGGAGGAACGGCCACCUCGUUUUCAGGCCAACGACGACUCCAAUAUCAACGAAAUCGCCGAGAACAAUAACAACGCCAACAUUGAGCGUGAAUUGCAAGACGAUGCGCUCGGGGCUCAGGAAAACGUAAAUCCAUAGACUUCGGAUAGCUGAUUAGCCAUACCCAUAUAUCCAAUUUAUACUGGCAUGCCCUCCUCAUUUUGUUAGGAAUUGUAAAUAUAUACGGAAUGAUGAAUCGUUCUUUUGAAAUUACGAUACGAGUAGGAUCGGAGCUACCAUAAGUUGAGAAUAAACUUCGUUCGGAUAGCAUUAAUUUUAAGUUAGAUAUACACAACUUUAUUACAUAAAUUAA